AUGAAGAAGAUGACGCCAAAGCCGGCAACGAAGAGGACGGGGGAUAUUUCAGACUCGUUUGUGUCGCUGUCUGGCGCGGAGCUGGCGCCGCUGCCGGAUCGCUUCAGACAGCUGAAGCUGGACCUGGUCAGGGAUCGGGAAAAGGACAUUGUUGCCGGCUGGAAAAGACUAUUGCGGACGCUGCGGGAAGAAAACGAAAUCAUUGCCAAGAAGGGGACGGGGGUUAUUCCUCAAGUAGAGUUUGCUGACCUAGAGAAUGGGUUGGAUAGUAAAGCCAGAGAGGAGAUUAAGAAGAGAGGAGUUGUCGUUGUGCAUGGUGUAAUUCCUGAAAAGGAAGCGCGAGGAUAUAAGGAGCGCGUUGAGGAUUACGUGCACAAGAAUCCUCAUACAAGAGCCUUCCCGCCUCAUGACCCUCAAGUAUACGAGCUAUACUGGUCCGAACCGCAGAUCAAAGCUCGCUCACAUCCGUCCAUGCUAAAGGUACAAAAGUAUCUCUUGUCGGACUUUUGGCAUUCCGCAUCACCAAACACUCCAAUCUCGCUCGACAUCCCGCUUUCCUAUGCCGACAGGCUUCGCAUCCGACAACCCGGUGAUGCUGCCUUUGCACUCGGCCCCCAUAUCGACGGCGGAAGCGUCGAGCGUUGGAUGAAGGACGGAUACGGGCGUGGAAACGUCUACGACAAGGUAUUCGAAGGCAAGUGGGAGAGUUACGACCCCUGGGAGGCUUCUGGAAGAGUCGACGCCGUCAACGACCUUCACAAUGGCCUUGGGGCAUGCAGUGCAUUCAGGGCCUGGCAGGGCUGGGUCUCCAUGAGCGCAGUAGGGCCGGAGGAGGGCACGCUUCUGACAUAUCCCCUGAUGCUGUCAACGGCAUACACUCUUCUGAGACCAUUCUUCAGGCCAAUUAACGAAACCAAGAUUGGUGAUGGAUUCUUGGAUGAGAGGAACUGGGCAUUCACCGGCGAGGAUGACAUGACCAGUGACUUACACGGGGCUUUCCCCGGACAUGGACAGGAGCUCAAUGAUGAACUCCAUCCUCACUUGGAGCUGUCUAGGACUAUGACGCAUGUGCCUGAAAUCAAGCCUGGAGCUUUUGUGGCCUGGCACUGUGAUACCAUUCACGCCGUGGAUAAAGUCCACAAAGGCCAUUCCGACUCAAGUGUCCUCUACAUUCCCGUCUGCCCAGUGACCGAGCUCAAUGCCCAGUACCUAGUACGACAGCGGCAGGCCUUCUUAGCAGGCACGCCGGGACCUGAUUUCCCCGGCGGCGAGGGCGAAUCCAAGCACAUCGACCGCCCUACAGAGGAGAUGCUGCGGCGGUGGACGAGUGUCGAGGGCAGGCAGGCAAUGGGGUUGGACAAGCUGAUUGCGAGUCCUGCAGCUUUGCCAGGCGCCAGAGAGGUGGUGGAAAGAUUCAAUGCGACCUUGGGGCUUGUGUAAGCUUGGAGUCGCCGUGUGUUAUGUGUCUUGCUUCGAAUUGGUGUGCCAGGGU